AUGACAACUCACGUAGCUGCUGUCCGCGCACUCUUUCGAUCGCGUCUGUCCACGUCUCUGCGCGCAUCUCCACUCCUGACCAAUGGAAUACCUCCACAGCAGCAAUGGCUUCACUCGUCAUGCUUCGUACAGCCUCCUCCGCUCCUGUCCGCGUGCGUCAACCUGGGCUCUGUACGCUCCAAAACCAGUGAACGCGCACUGCGCCGCAAGAACUUGCGCAAGAUGAAGAGCCAGAAGGGCGGCAAAGUGCCGAUGCUGAAGGAGACGCUGCGGAAGCUGUACAUGCGCACGCACCCGGAUCUGUUUGGACGGUACCCGGAGCAGCAGCGGGCAAACGAGGAGUCGUAUAAGGAGCUGCUGGGCAUUUUGGAUGCCAUUGAGAAACACAAUGAGUUUCCUCCUGCCAAGACGUUGAGACUGCCGUUCUUCUUGAAGACGUCAGUGGACGGGGAGUUCAAGGAGGUGGAUCUGCAGCUGCGCACGACUGGCGGGGCUUGCAACACGCUGGUAGAAGAAGCUUUGGGUCGGUUUUUUGGCGAGUGUGGUCUCCCACAGGCGUUUCAGUGGGGAGAAGGCAGCUGGGGCAAGGCUGUUGGUAAAGGUGCGGUCGAGAACUCGAAUCUGGGCUUUGACAAGGAGGAAGAGACUCGCAAGAAGGCCAGCGAGGAGGUGGAGGAUGUAGGUCCGCAGUCGAAUCCAGCCGUUGAUAUGGAUGAUAGUGGAGUAACUAUGGAGGAUGCCCCGAUUGAAAUGGUGCUGAGUGAACUCAAUGAAGUUUUCGAGAUGAUUGCUGCAGUGCCGCUGUUGGAUGAGAACGAGUAUGGAGAGCUACGGGAUCACUUCGAAAACGGCAAGGGUCUUAUUGAGAUUGAUGAACGGGGUUACACAAUUAAGGCAGGCACGCACAAGAUUUGGAAGGGCGAGCGCGAUCUCCAGAAGAUAACUGCUGGUGUUGAUACUAAUUCAGCUUUAAUUCUGCAGCGGAUCCUGUUGCAUACGCUCGAUAUUGAGACGAAAGUGCGCAAAAUGCUUGCGAAUGGCGGAGUCGAUGUUGAUGAGGAGGAGCACGAACCAGAAGAGAGUAGCAAGGGCCUCUAG